UAGGAUAAAAUUUUAUCAUGGAAGAUUGGAAGUUGCAGAAGUUUAGAAAGCAGACGAGCUAUUAAAAAUUAAGUGAAUCGCCACAUCGCUGCUAGGAUGAAUUGUAGAUUACCAUCCCGCACUCUUCAGUCUCAUUUGUGUUUACCAGCUGGAAGACCUUGCAAGGGUUUCCGAGGACUCCAUACAUCCAGCCUGCUCUGCAUCGAACAAGCUGGCCGAUACAAACGCACACAGUACAAAACUAAACCGCUGACGUUCGAAAUGGCCAACGAUCCUAAAACGAUCGGCGUGCAUAAAUCGUGGAAUUCGUGGAAUACCAGUAAUUUACAGAAUGUUAACGAUCGGAACCAAGUGGCGCAGAUGACGGUGUGGGACGAGUUCAUACGGCGUUUCCUGUACGGGACCUGGCACAAUCUCUUCGUCUCCGAGAUCAUCAUCAAGCGCCGCUACAACGCCAUCUACGUCGCCGGCAUUGUCCAGCAGAGUAUUGCGGUACGGAAAAUGUACUUUCUCAUCGGCUAUACCGAAGAAUUUUUGUCGUUCCUCUUGAAGUGUCCUGUUAAACUGGAAAUUCAGAGUGUUAAUUCGCGGAAGGAUGUCGUGUACAAAUACAUAUGAAACCGGCGUUUUGCUGGUGUUGUUUUAUAUAUAAAAUUUUGCGGUUGUUGUUUCUCAGAUCGGGAGCAUCCAAAACUCGAAAAACGUGUUUUUGUCUUAUUGAAAACUAUUAAAAUUCCGCUGAA